CUGACGUGAUCUACACGCAGCUCUGUUUAUGAGUGUUAGUGAGACGCCACAUGUUAUUGGCUUCGUAUAACACCGAUAAGGAGUUAGAUAACCUCUUUGAAUUUCUCGGUCCGAGCUCGAACGACAUUCUAGAAAAAGAAAGAAUCAAAUAUGAAGGUGAAUGUGAUAGUGGGGUAAGCACCUGUGAAGGCACGCGCCAGUGAGCGCUCAGUGCGACACACCUACUAAAAAAUUCCACUGCUCAGUGAAAUUAGAAUUAAUAAAGAUGUCUUUGGGAGGGGGAAGUUAUCAUAGCCCGUGGUCUUCCCAGACCGCUCUCUCCGAGUUAGAGGGAGCUAUGGGAGAGCUGGAGCCCUUAGGUGAACUAGCAGAGGUUGGAUUUGAACCCCAAACGAGGGCUCGAUCGAACACGUGGCCUUUGCCCAGGCCAGAGAACUACGUUGACCCAGCGGAAGACGGGGGCUCCAAAAAGAAUUCUAAUCAGAAUCUUACUGGCGCGCCACCGUUGCCAAUAGCAACGAAGAAAAAUUCCUCUCGCCGAAACGCCUGGGGAAACCUCUCCUACGCCGAUCUCAUUACGCAAGCCAUCACAUCAUCACCGGACAAGAGGCUGACUCUGUCUCAAAUCUACGAGUGGAUGGUCCAAAAUGUGCCAUAUUUUAAGGAUAAGGGAGAUAGCAACUCGUCAGCUGGUUGGAAGAACUCAAUUAGACAUAAUCUAUCCCUUCACAACCGGUUCAUGAGAGUACAGAAUGAGGGUACGGGCAAGUCUUCGUGGUGGAUGAUCAACCCUGAUGCCAAACCUGGAAAGUCAGUCAGAAGACGAGCGCUCUCAAUGGAGACGUCGAAAGCAGAGAAGAGAAGAGGACGGGUUAAAAAGAAGCCCGAAUCAUUAAGGAAUGGAAUGACAGCUGACACAACGCCAAGUCCCAGCAGUUCUGUCUCAGAGAGCCACGACAUAUUCCCCGAUUCGCCAGUACCCAGUAGCACGAGUUUUCAGUUAUCACCAGACUUCCGCCAGCGGGCAUCGUCUAACGCGUCUUCGUGUGGACGUCUCUCUCCAAUCCCAUCACUAUUACACACGGAACCUGAUUGGCAAACCGAUUACGGUUCUACGGAAUUUGGAUCAGCGGAUUUCGGAUCAGCGGAUUUUACAUCAAAUACAGACUACCAAGAUUUUACACAAGACGAAUUGGCUGGGACACUCGCUGACUCCAUGAAGCUACAUGGAGAUCCUUUCUUGAAUACGUAUGUACCAACAACGUCAUCAUCGUCAUCGGGCGGUAGUUACCGGUUCGCAUACACGUGUCCUCGACACCCGCACGGCGGCUGCGCGUGCGCCUCUCUGUUUCCCGCGCACCCGGCACACCCGCACCAGCAUGCGUUAGACCACUUUGUUAGACCGCCACCACCUGCUGACCCGGCUGAUAUUAUGCAGACAGAAAAUAGUACACAAAUGGUGACGACGUCAGAUGCAGCCUUAAUGAACGGAGGCAUGAUGGUGCAGACUGGAGCGAUGGGGCCAACCACUGUGAUGGGUCAAAUCAUGGGAGCGUUAAAUACUGGACUCGCGGAGGAUAUUAAUAUAGAGUCGUUGGAACACAGCUUCGACUGCAACGUUGAUGAGGUCAUCAAACAUGAACUCAGUAUGGACGGCAGUCUGGACUUCAACUUCCCCCAGCAGCACACAGCGAUGGCAGCGGAAGCCGAAAGCCAGUUCGCAGCACCCGCCCCCCCGGUCCCCACCACUCUUUCUGGUGGUGGUCAACGAACCCCAUACACUGUGGCGCCCUCAUGGGUUCAUUGAAUAAGACUUUUAUUGUUGCGUAGUUUGUUUUAAUAAUUAUAUGGACAAGUGUCAAUUGUUUUAGUGUUAGUAAAUGGAGGGGGCGGGACGACAUUUUUUACUUCAGAAGGCAUAACCAAGACGUACAAAGAUGGAACGCACAACGCUGAAGCUCGCCAGCAAGGUUCCGGAAUAACCUUUAUCGACCAACUUCAGACACCGAAAGUUCCCCUAAAAACUAAAGUGAAAAUGUGAUUAGAAAUCCACGUGAACAUAGUUAAGUUUGACCUCGCGUUAAUUUAGUUACUCAGUAAUUGUUUAUAAAAUAUAAAAUUGACAUUGUUUAACGAUUAUUUUAAGGGCAUUUUGUUACUUUAAGUAAAGCCUUUUCGAUAGGAACUAUCCAAAUUAUUUGAGGAUUUGGAGAUAUUUAAAUCAAUUUAUGGGUAAUUAACGGUCAAUGUGUAGUGGGUAAAAUCAAUAAUUGACAUCAAAAUCAUAAUUGUCAAACGUCAUAGGCUUGACUGCUAUUUUGUAAUAUCGCAAGGGUUAUCUAGGUUUUUCCAUAUUUUGACAGUCUAUAGAUUAUGCAAUAGUGAUACCUCAAGGCCAUAUAAACCAAAAAAUUAACAAUUUAAGUCAAUUUCAGUUUAUAAUUUUGGAAUAGCCAUUUUUUACACAUUUUCUUACAUAGAGAAAAAGCACGAUAUUAAAACGCACAUAUAUAUUUUUACUUUCAAUCGUUAUUAUAUUUAUAUAACGUUUGACAUUUGACAGAUACGAUCUGAAAAUAAGUGCGAACUAACAUCACAUUUUGACAGUCAGUUGGCGCUUUUUUUGUUCACUUGACACAUCUCUGAGUCUCCUCUACUCUUUGAUUUAAGCAAAUGUAAUUAUGCAAAAUAAUAGACGUAUAAUUCGUAUAACAAAUGAUAUUCAUUUGUCGCAAAGUAUAUGCUAAAUUGAAGAAUUUAAGCUUUAAAGAGAUUUCCAUAGAUAUCUUUUUGUAACAAUUCAAUAACUCUUUUGUUAGAUGAAACAUAAGAGAAUGUCUAUUCCAAAGUAACGCAUGUUUAAAACCUUUCAUAGACAAAAAUGCGGUCUUGACACGAUAACUCUCUUCUAGAGAAUACAUUUUAGCUUAGGUCUUAAUAAUUUUUGCUACUGGGAUAUGUUUUAACGCCUAAAUAAGCUUCUUUUUAUAAUUUUUAAUCACUUUGAGUACAUUUUUAUGCGUUUUUAAUGCUCAAAAGAUCAUGUAUUUAGUUUUGAUAAAAAAUCAUUUUUACUUCGGUUAUAUAUCGUUCAAAUCUUUUUAAAAAUAUCUGAUAAUUGUUGAUAAUAGUCAGAUCUCUAGUCCCGAUAAUUAAUAAGUUGUAAUUAAGUAUUUUGACUGACCAAAUUGGUCAUACACCAUGGCUCAAUAAUCUAAGGUAUGCUACAUCGAAAAUGUUACCAGUCCAAAAAAUAAACCUCAAUUGUUGCCCCCAGUAAAAUCCAAAUAAAUCUUAAAUUUUAUACUAAACUAAUAUUUUAGUAUCUCUAACGAGCCUCAUAUUAUUGUAGCGUGGUUUUAUAAGUACAGUACACAACAUUAUUGAUUAUGAACCAAUACUCCAUCGUUAUAGCGGCAGCGACUGAUUCUUACAAAAACUAAAAAAAAAACAAUGAAAUAAUAAUUCAUACAUGAAUAAAGAGGUUGGUGGGAAAAGCCGGUCAAUAAUCACCAAAGCACGGUGGGAAUUCUACGUUUAAGGCGGGAAAUAGGCUGUAUGGUAAUGACAGCUGCCGCGAUCAUCUUGGGACCUAUGAAGUAAAGAGGUUUAAUAUAAAUUACCUCACUCUAUUGUGAAUAAAUUUAGCCAAUAAGUGUUCAUUUAGAAUUCUAAACUUAAGUCAAUUUUGUAUUCGCGUCAAUUCAAGCACCAUUUUAUUUGCCAGUUUAUUAAUUAAGACACAAGUUUGUUUGUUACAUUUUUUAUAUUUAUACAUGGCUGACAUUGGUGCUAUUAACGAUAGCGCAUUUUAUUUUAAGUUACUUAUAAACCUAACGUACAAAAACGGACAACACGCCACAUUAAGCGGUUUUUUAAUGUAAAUAUAUAGAAAAUUAACUAAUUCGUGGCUUUAAGUCAGGAAUGCGAUUUACGAAUGUUCAACAUUGAAUCAAAGUUAAGGUAACAUUUGCCAAAAAUAGGGACGGAAUUUUAGGGUUUCAGUGUCUUGAUUACUCUUUGGAGACAUCUCAUAAGGUCAUUAGUUUUAUUUUUAUGGUUGUUGAUAUAUUAUGUAAUUAUUUGUUUAUUCGAAGGUAUAUGUCAAUACAUGUGGUCAAUUAGAUAGCGCUGUUUAGGCUAGACUUAAAAUUUUAAGGUGAUUUUUGUGUUCUUUGGAAAUUCCUAAUUAGUUACCAUAUACGAUAAAUUAUUUAGAAGCUUUGAUUGUGAAUAAAUAUGAUAGGCAAAUUUUUUCUAAGCGAAUUGUGAUUCGGUGCAUGUCCAAAACGCAUCGUUAAAUCAAAUUUAUCGUCAAAAGAUAUGAAAUUGUAAAAUUUACGGCGUAUAAUAGCAAUGGAUUUUAAAAAAAUAUUCAAUUUAUCUGUGACAUUGGAUCGUUAUUCCCUAGUGAAAAUAGUUAGUUAAUUUGAUCGUAGAACAAGUAGGUAAAUGAGUGUAAUUGUAUUGACCAGUGUCCAAACGCAUGGUUAGCUUUUAUCGUGUUGACACACCAUAAUUUAUUUUGUACCAUGUUUUUAUGUUGGUAAUCUUUUUAAUUGUUUAAAUCACUUCGUUGAUUAUUUUUCCGUUUCAUUAGUUUGUAAUUUAAUGUUAAUCGUACUAUUAAGUUAGGCAAAUGUGUUUAAAUGUAAAUAUAUAGAAAACAUGUAUGUAGAAGUACAUAAAUAUUAUUUAUGUAUUCAAUUUGAUAUUGUUUUCAAAAUUA